AUAAAGAGAGGUUCGCAGCAGGCGCAGGUAGAGUGUUAAGCAGCACUGUGCGGACAUAUGUAGAUACGUUUCAAACAUACAUCACUGGGCUGUCCUGAAUGCGGCGGUCAAAACAUAUCAAGUACACCAGGUGGAUAAAAAAGGAGAUAAUAACGAUGAGGCUGAAAAACAUGCAGUACUUGAUAUGUCCGAUGAUAAUUCUUAUCUCUUUAAACAUAUGUUAUGUAUUUGUGAAAACGAAAAGUGAUACCACCAGGACAUAUUCGCCACAUAUACGCCUUGUGAGCAGCAAGCACAAGCGUUUUCAAAAUACCUUCAGCACCUUCAGCACCGAUCAUGCCUUAUCUGAAGCAGACACUGAAAGCCAACCUGAUGCAGCUGCUGGCAUUUCAUACCCUGUGAUCAUCACGGAGGAGUCAAACAAAGAACCUACGUCUGCAUCUGGAUCUCAAGUUCGGCCGUUUAGGUGUAACAGCUGUUUCAGACACGACUUCAUGUAUCUCAUACAAAAUAAAGACAUCUGCAGCGAGACGAAUAAUGACUCAGUUGACCUUCUAAUACUCAUUCUGACAAGCCACAACAAUGUGUACAGAAGGAAUGGCAUACGCGCAACAUGGGCUUCAAUCUCCAGGAACAAUACUGGACAUGUGCGCUAUGUCUUCCUACUGGGUGAAGUUCUUCGUGAUCAGUUAAUGGAAAACGUAAAGCUUGAGGCAAUGCGCCAUAAAGACAUGUUGAUGGAGGACUUCAGAGACUCGUACACCAAUCUGACAUACAAAACCAUCAUGGGUUUAAAAUGGGCCUCCUUAUUUUGUGACAAUGCCAAAUUUGUCCUAAAAACAGAUGACGACAUGUGGAUAAAUGUGCCUGAAAUGAUACGACUAGUCAAGCGCAAUCAUUUAUUUUUGCAAUCAGGUGCAUUAGGAGCAUGUGGACGUUUUGAUGUGAUAAGGGACAAGAGGUCCAGGGGUUACAUUUCAUUCAACGACUUUCCUGAGCCAUACUACCCUGAUUAUUGUUCAGGUAGUGGCUAUGUCACUAGUAUGGCCGUUGCAAAACAGGUAUAUGACAUAUCGCGUCAUGUACCGUUCUUGAAGUUUGAAGACGCAUAUUUUGGUUUAUGUAUUGACGCCCUUGGAACGGUGAACCUCAGAUACCAAAGAGGAUGUUUUUACACAGGUGACUAUAGGAAAAACCUGUGUAUUUUGAAAUCAAAAUAUGUUUUAACAUGUCAUGGUGUGCCUUUACCAUUAAUCAAAAAGAUAAUGCAAGCUGAAUGUUGACGUUGAUGUUGCUACAAUUGUAUCAGGCCUACAACUUACAUUAAACAUCGAACUGGAACGAUCACCACUGACUGUAUUAUAAUUAUGUCACUGUCUGCACCGAUGAUAGUGCACAAUCUUUGCAUAAGUUGUUAUAAAACUUAUAUAACUUUAGAGGCUGCCGUUUUCUGUACGUACACAUAUCA